AUGGCAGAAGUUCAUAUUAUUGGACAAAUCAAUCAAGCAAAAGAUUUUCCUAAACAACACCUAUUUUGCAAAUGGUAUUUACAUAUUGGUAAUAAUUGGAGAAUAAUAUCGGGCAAAAAGGAAGGCCAAACACAUGUAAGUUUCUCCCAGUUUAGUAGCAGUUGCAUAUGGUCCUUUCCUAUAGAUGUCCACUUGGCAACAGCUGGACUUCAAGGUUGGCCUAAAAUAUAUAUCGAAGUAUAUCAUUUGGACUGGCUAGGUAGAUCUCAUCUAUUUGGUUAUGGGCUGGUAACCGUUCCAACUAGUCCGGGUAACCACACGUUAGAUUGUUACACCUGGAGACCAUUCGGAUCACUGAAGGAACGCUUCGUGCAAUAUUUUUUAGGAGGAGGCCUUCAACUGAAAUAUCCCGAUCUGAUUUUCUCUUCAGGAGAAAGGUACAAAUUAUCAACCGAGGCUAUGGGAGUAGUUUCAUUCGAUUUGACGAUAAUAUUGAGAAAUUUUACCAAUUACGGGAUAGAAUACAACUAA